AGUCCAACUUUGUUCAAAGUUUCCUGGUAGAGUUUCACUUUGACGCGUUCACAAUGUUGCUUAAACAAUGUCACACGCGACUCACUGUUUUUGCCCUUAGCCGCAACGAAAAGCGGUUCAGCCUCGGCCAAAAAACAGACAGAGUGAGCUAUCGUAGACGUCUAUUGUCGAACAUUUCACCUACCCAAUUUAGUUGGGCACGUUUGAAAUCUUCGUCAAGUUUGGUGAGUUCUUCAUCUGGCACUGACCGAGUGAGGCGACAAGCUGGACUCAGACGCAUGCACCUGUCCGGAAGAGAGCACAAUUCCGUCAGCACCAUCCAGUAUGAUGUGCAACCUGAUGUUCCUAAAGUCCGGAAGCUGUUCUUUGACACUCAUGCGGUGGUUCGAAUCCUUGAAGAAAACGGUUUCACUACUCAGCAAGCAGAAGCGUUAGUUCAGGUGCUCUUGAAGAUGACAAACUCUACCAUGGACACUAUUUAUAGUGACAUGGUAACCAAAGUACAGCAGGAGAUUAUGAUGCAACGUGUCAUGUCUCAAAUAGCAGCCUUAAAGAAGGACAUGAUCAUUCUCGAGAAAAGCGAGUUUUCUACGUUACUGGCAGAAAAUGAGAAAUUGAAGAUCCAGCUAUGGCAGCUGAAGCUGCAACUAGCUGAUGUCAUGAAUAAAGUACGCUCAGACACCCUUUUGGACAUGAAUUUAGAGAAGAGCAGUGUGAAAGAACUGAAAGCAGACCAUGAGAGGAAGCUUCUGGAAACGCGGACUGAAAUUAUGGAAAUGACUUCCGAGCAAGAUCGUCAUCUGACUCAGACAAACAUGAAAAUAGACACUGAAGUGGCGGGUUUGAAAACCAUGCUAGAGUCACAUAAAUUGGACACUAUAAAAUACCUCGCAGGUUCAGUGUUCACUUGUCUCACCGUGGUUUUAGGUUUCUAUCGUAUCUGGAUGUAAAGCGCACACUGAAGGAGUGCUGCAACUCCGCUGUAUUCCCAUUCAGCAUAUUCAGAGACAAUUAACACUGACCAUAUUUUGAUGGAGUCUCAGGUCAAGCGCAAUCCAAGGACUGCAACAAACGUUUUCCAGUAGUCUUUGCCAGCAUUUACAACCCACUCAAGAAAUGGAUGAAAGCAGUUGAAUGCAGUGGAAAAAUAUACAUUAUUUUUUUAGUUUUGUAUGACUAUAUGACUUUCACGCUACUGAAUGUCCACAUGUAUUUAAAUCGUAUCUUGUUUUAACUUACUGACACUUGUGUGUAAUGAAUGUGUAAUAAAAUGAAU